AUGACUGAAAAACAAGAUCAACGAAUUUGCAUCAAAUUUUGUUUUCAACUCGGAAAAACGAGUUCGGAAACUAUUCAGAUGAUGCAGAAGGCCUUUGGGAAUGAGUGUAUGAGCAAAACACGAAUAAAAGAGUGGUAUAAUCGUUUCAAAGGAGGCCGCACUUCUGUUGAUAGUGAAUCUCGUUCUGGCCGACCUUCGACGACAAAAACAUUGGAUAAUAUUGAGCGGGUGCGACUUGCGAUCGAACAAGAUCGUCGUAUGACUGUGCGGGAACUAGAAGAAGAACUUGGAAUACCAAAAACUAUAAUUUGGGAAAUUUUAACCUCAAAUUUACAAAUGACACGCGUGUGUGCGAAGUUCAUUCCGAAAUUGCUCAGAGCAGAGCAAAAAAAGCUUCGCUUAGAAAUCGCUCAGGACAACUUAGAAAUGGUCAAUAACGAUGAUACUGUACUUAAAAAGGUUAUUACUGGUGAUGAAUCAUGGGUUUACGGUUACGAUCCUGAAAUUAAACAACAAUCUUCACAGAAGCGUCCAGACGAGCCGCGGCCGAAAAAAGCACGUCAAAGUCGGAGCAGUGUGAAGUCAAUGUUGAUUGUUUUCUUCGAUUGUGAAGGUGUUGUGCACCACGAAUAUGCACCGACAGCGCAUAAUACGCGUAAUCUCUUGCACAAAUUUGAUAUGCGUCUAGAAGAUAUUUGUAAAGCUUAUUACGAGCGAAGACCACUAGUGAAGACCACGCGGUUAGGUCGACGACAUGAAAUCACGUUAGCAGGUGAAACAACGAAGCCCAUCUAG